UUCACUCGGCUCGGUCCUGAGGAGAAGGACUCAGCCGCGGCUGCGGGACCCGGACACCGGGAGGCGGUGACGGCGGCGGCGGCGGCGGCAUCGGCGACAGCAGAGGAGGAAGAGGAGGAAGAAGGAGAGAAAAAGAAGAGCCAGGCGGAGUCCGCAACAACGACAGCGGGGACUGCGGGACCGGGGCAAAGCGACGGCGGCCGCGGAGACGACGCCGGCCCAGCAACCGUGAGGAGAAACAAAAGCCUUCUAAAUUAUAGAUUUUUUUAAAAAUCCGAGGGCAAAAAGAGAGAGAGCACAAAGAGGGGGAGGCUCUUCUCUUUUAGAAUAACCACACUAGUGAGUUUUCCCUUUUUUCCCUCUUUUCUUACGACCCCCCCCCCCUCCUGCGGAGAAUCGAACUGAGAGAACUGAACAAACCGCCCCUGGGUCCCAUGAGGGAAAAAAACCCCGGAGCCGCAGAGAGGGGAAGAGGCCGCAACCGCAGGACCUUCCAGGUCGCCCCGUUGGUCCCCGCGCCCCGGGGCCGCCAGCUCCCUCUCGUCGAGUCUCGCUAAUCCUUGCUGGUCGCGAUCCCCCCAAGAGGGCGAAACGGGUGUUUCCAACCCAUUUCAUGGGGGAGAGGAGGCCGCGGGGGGAGCCCAGGACCAGCGACCGCAGCAAGAUCUGCACCCGAAGCCUCAGGAACAGCCCCAGGGGCCGGCCCUGCACCCCGUGAAAGAGCCGAAACCGGACCAGGAACAGCAGAGACCCCCCCGCCCCCGCCCCUGCAAUCAUCUUUCCAUUAGUCAGUGCCGAUCCCUCUCCCGCAACCAGGAAUCCACCUCCCACCCCAGAUAACCUAAUAUAAUCUAUAUAUAUAAAUAUAUAAUAUAUAAUGUUUUUAAAUUAUUCCUGAUUUUUUUUUAACCAAGCUGCCAAGGAAGGAACGUCUUCUCCUCUUAGCCCUAUUCUAAUUUUUAUGUGAGCGAGUCUAAACUGCUGAGGAAGACCCUAUGUGAUUGUUAAAUUAUAUAUAUAUAUAUAUGCAUAUAUAUAUUUUUACUCCGCGCAAGGCUUAUUCUUCUACACCCAUAGAUGCUUGAGAAGCUGUGUUUUUGUCAUUUCAUGGACAUUUUCCUUUGGAAAAAGAAAGCGCCUAUUUUACUAACCAAAGACUUGAUUUUUGCCCCCUUCGUUCUUCUUCCCUCCUAGACAUAAUAAGCUCGGUUGGAUUCAUGUCGAUGUUUUAAGAGACUUUUUUUUUUUUUUUUUUUUUUUUAGUUUUCAGUUUUUGUUGUCUUUCAGAGCCCAGAAUUCCGAAUCAGAACUAUUUCAAGCGAUAAAGUGGCGACCUUUGAGCUAUAUAGCUAUCUAUGAAAUAAGACAUUUCAAACAGGCCACUUAGAUUUGAGGUGGAGGACACAGAGACGAGAGACACCAGGUUCGUCCUCUUUUUUUUUCCUUUUUUUUAAAAUCAUAAGAUUCUGACCCCAAGAAUAAUAAAUGGGGGAUUACGGGUUUGGAGUGCUAGUGCAAAGCAAUACUGGGAACAAAUCUGCGUUUCCGGUCCGGUUCCACCCGCAUCUGCAGCCGCCGCACCAUCACCAGAAUGCCACCCCCAGCCCUGCUGCUUUUAUAAAUAAUAACACGGCUGCCAACGGCAGCAGUGCCGGGUCAGCGUGGCUCUUUCCUGCCCCGGCCACCCAUAACAUCCAGGAUGAGAUCCUGGGCUCAGAGAAGGCAAAAAGUCAGCAACAGGAACAGCAGGACCCUUUGGAAAAGCAGCAGCUCUCCCCCAGUCCCGGCCAGGAGGCUGGCAUCCUGCCCGAAACUGAGAAGACAAAAUCUGAAGAGAGUCCAGGGGACACUUCUUCAGAAAACGGCAAUGGGAAGGAGAAAAUAAGAAUCGAGUCGCCAGUGUUGACAGGGUUUGAUUACCAAGAAGCCACUGGGCUCGGUGCUUCGAGCCAGCCCCUGACGUCCAGUGCAUCGUCUCUUACUGGUUUCAGCAACUGGUCAGCAGCGAUAGCACCUUCCUCCUCCACCAUCAUAAACGAGGACGCGAGCUUCUUUCACCAGGGAGGGGUCCCGGCUGCUUCGGCCAACAACGGUGCUCUGUUGUUUCAAAAUUUCCCCCACCACGUCAGCCCCGGCUUCGGAGGCAGCUUCUCCCCGCAGAUCGGGCCUCUGUCACAGCACCACCCGCACCACCCUCACUUCCAGCAUCAUCACAGCCAGCAUCAGCAGCAGAGGAGGUCUCCCGCCAGUCCCCACCCCCCGCCUUUCACACACAGAAACGCUGCUUUUAACCAGCUGCCUCAUUUGGCCAAUAAUCUUAACAAACCCCCCUCUCCGUGGAGCAGCUACCAGAGCCCCUCUCCCACCCCAUCUUCCUCGUGGAGCCCCGGAGGUGGUGGGUACGGGGGCUGGGGAGGCUCCCAAGGCCGAGACCACCGCAGAGGGCUGAAUGGAGGGAUAACGCCCCUGAACUCCAUCUCGCCUUUGAAGAAGAAUUUUGCAAGCAAUCAUAUUCAGCUGCAGAAGUAUGCUCGCCCCAGCUCUGCCUUUGCUCCUAAAUCCUGGAUGGAAGAUAGCUUGAACAGGGCUGACAACAUUUUCCCUUUUCCGGAUCGCCCCAGGACAUUUGACAUGCACUCGCUGGAGAGUUCACUCAUUGACAUUAUGAGAGCUGAAAAUGAUUCCAUUAAAGGUCGUCUAAACUAUUCAUAUCCAGGAUCCGAUAGCUCUCUGCUUAUUAAUGCAAGGACAUAUGGGCGAAGGAGAGGUCAGUCUUCACUGUUUCCAAUGGAAGAUGGAUUCUUGGAUGAUGGCCGUGGGGAUCAACCUCUUCAUAGUGGCCUGGGUUCACCUCACUGCUUCACUCACCAGAAUGGAGAGAGAGUGGAACGAUAUUCUCGCAAGGUGUUUGUGGGCGGAUUACCUCCUGACAUCGAUGAAGAUGAGAUCACAGCUAGUUUUCGUCGCUUUGGCCCUUUGAUUGUGGAUUGGCCUCAUAAAGCAGAGAGCAAAUCCUAUUUUCCUCCUAAAGGCUAUGCAUUCCUGCUCUUUCAAGAUGAAAGUUCUGUUCAGGCUCUGAUUGAUGCAUGUAUUGAAGAAGAUGGAAAACUCUACCUGUGUGUGUCAAGUCCCACUAUCAAAGAUAAGCCAGUGCAGAUUCGGCCUUGGAAUCUCAGUGACAGUGACUUUGUGAUGGAUGGUUCACAGCCUCUUGACCCACGAAAAACUAUAUUUGUUGGUGGUGUUCCUCGACCAUUACGAGCUGUGGAGCUCGCCAUGAUAAUGGAUCGUCUGUACGGAGGUGUGUGCUACGCUGGGAUUGACACCGACCCUGAGCUGAAAUACCCGAAAGGAGCUGGGCGAGUCGCAUUCUCUAAUCAACAGAGUUACAUAGCUGCUAUCAGUGCCCGCUUUGUUCAGCUGCAGCAUGGAGAGAUAGAUAAACGGGUGGAAGUUAAGCCAUAUGUCUUGGAUGAUCAGCUGUGUGAUGAAUGUCAGGGGGCCCGCUGUGGUGGAAAGUUUGCUCCGUUUUUCUGUGCUAAUGUCACCUGUCUGCAGUAUUACUGUGAAUAUUGCUGGGCUGCUAUUCAUUCUCGUGCUGGCAGGGAGUUCCACAAGCCCCUGGUGAAGGAAGGCGGGGACCGUCCGCGACACAUCUCAUUCCGCUGGAACUAAAGGGUAACUACAGUGCUCGUUUUCAGGCCUCAGAAUGAGUGCGCUCUUCUGUUAAUUCUGACCCCCUCCUCGACCUCCUCACGCCGGCAUGUCCUUUUGUAGCAGCCCGUAACCUAACAACAGUGUAAUGAAGAGAAUGACCUAUAAUAUAGGCGUUUUGUAGAUUCUCGUGUCACUGAAAACAGUAUGUACGAAGCCCUUUUUCGUAUUUGCCAUCGUGUUGCAUGGAAGUUUUAUUCUCUUGUUUUGCUGGAGACCAAGAGGAUCCAAAACUUCCCGUAACAUUUUCUUAGAGGAGAAAGAGAACUAUUAAAAGAGAAAUGAAACAAUAGAGUAUUUUGGGUUUUUAAUUAAAUUAUUGUUAAUAAUAUAACAUAUAAGAAUACUUUUAUUAAAAUUAACCAUGCAAUGAUAACACUAUGAGUCUGUCCUGACACAGUUUUUCCCCCAGAGAAGUGCUUUUGCCUUUUCCUUUCUUUCUUUUUUGCCUCUUUUUCCCUUCCCCCAUCCCCUCCCCCACCCCCAGCCCUGCCCCCGUUUUCUUCAUUUACAGCAGUGGAGGAAGUUAACAAUUAUUAACAGGAAAGAGCAUGUUAAAGCAAACGCAGAUGCAUGAGCAAGAUCGAAGCACCAGUAAAACAAAUGGUAAGGGUUUCGAGGCCAAAUAGAAUUUCAUGGCGCCUCAGAGUUACUACCACCGCAGGAAAAAAAAAAUAGAAAAGUAGGCAGAGCUAGGUUUAUUUUCUUUUCAACCAUUUUAAAAACCUUAGAAUGUAAAAAUUUGGGUAAUGUACUACUGAGGGGAGUGCACUUAUUUAUUUUUAAACUUCCUCGUCUGGUCACGGCCCCAGGAAACCUACCAAAGCUAGAAUUAAUGACAACUGGUGGGAAAACUAGCAUUUCCUCUCCCGAAGAACAAAUGUAUAAAUUUUAUUUUUGAUGUUAUAUAUAAACUCUAUAUCCUAAUUUACUAACACUCAUCAGGUGUCAGCCUUUGCUCUCCAUUUUGACGUUAACAAAACAAAACAGAACGAAUCUAGAGAUACCUCAAGGAUAUCACUUUUGAUUUUGUGUUACAGUACAAUUGUAGCCCAAACUGGGAAACAAAACCAAUAUCCAAAUUGGCUGCCGAUUGGCUUACUUUCAGAUUUAAAGUUGCUUUGGGUAUCCUGUAAUUUAGUUGUAACAUAGAAAAUGAGAAAAAAAAAGUUAAAAAAAAAGUUAAGUAGUUGCAGAGUGUUUUGCACUGUUGAACUAAGUAACUGUGUAAAUCUGUGCAAAGGUACGUAUGUUUAUCUUACUCUUCCUAUAAAAUAAAAUAACAUUACCGUUUCAGAACUUAGCAUGGGACAUAGUCAGUGUUUGAAGUGCCAACUUCAUCAAGUAAUGCAUGCUUUAUUAUACAUAAAAUUCUAGCUUCGAAAGGCGUUAUUAUGUGUUGAACAGUACGCUUCAGGGGUAAAUCUAAAAUCGUCCCCUGAAGCCCUGGUCGUGGAAAAUAACUUUUAUUUUAAUUGCCAUUCUCUUAGUAAAUGCCCUAUCCACCACGAAAAGGAUUAUUAUCAGUGUGCAAAACAUUAAAAAAAAAAUCCAAUGGAGAUCUUGCUAGUUGUGCUACCUAACAGUACCAUCUUGGAUCCUUCAAAACCAAAGACUUGCCCCAGCACUACGGUGGAACCACCCGGCUGAUGGCCCCUACCGAUUAUCUUUAGGAAAAGCAGUCCUUUAUUUUUAACACGGGCUUUAAUGAACCGUAUACCUGUUAAGUUCCAAAGGUCAAAAUGGAGGCAGAUGCUGUCUAACGGUCAAGCAUAGAAAGGGAGCUGCUUUUGAAUUCCCCGCAAGUACGGAAAGCAGUCAUGCGAAUGGAGGGUGCUCGUGUAGCUGGUCAGGGACUUUUUUUUUUCUUUUCUCCUGAACGACAUAAUUCUAAUCAAAAUGUUCCUUUGCCUCUUUUUAUUCUUUUAAACGCUUGUAGGUGGCUCGGGGUGUGCUAUCGCGCUGUUCCUACUCAGUAAACAGGUGUGAUGAGUUAACAAGAAAUAACACUGUUUGAGAACUAGCUUUGAAUAAUAAUUUUUCCCUUUGUACAUGACCUGCUGAAUUUCGGUACAGUGUUUUUGUAGCUAACUUAUUUUGUCAUGCACAUAAUGUAUAUUUGUUAUGCACUACUUUUGUAUAUCUUGUUUUUCCAACAGUGAACAUUUUUAGGCACACUUUUCACUGACGGGAUAUCUCUUUAUGCAAUACCUCAAUUUUUCAUAUUGCAAAGAGUAGCUUUUUGUACUUUUAUUACUGAGAGAUCUUCAUAUACUUCAUUUUUUAAUAUAAAUAAUUUUAAUAAAUUUUAUUUUCUUAUAUUCUGCUUUUUAUACAUUUCAGUGCUCUGCAUACAUUUUAAAUUAUGAAUGUCGUGCACUGGCAAUGCUAUUUUAGAGUCUGCAGAGAAGAGAAAGCAUGUUGCUUAAACAUCCUUCCCCAGCACCAGCUAUUGGUGUACCUAUAAUUUAAGAAAUAGUCUAUGUAAAGUCACAAAUUAAUGAAAAAAAAAAUUCGCAUGAAAAUGACAGAUAACACUGUAGUUCCUAAAACGAAAAAAAAAUUAAAAGCAUAAGCAUAGAGUAGAAAUUUAAAAUAACAAAAAUUGUCUACAGCUUCUUACUAAGUUUUUAAAAUUACUCACAAUGCAGACAUUCUUGGUGAAUGUUUAGCCAUUUUUAAUAUGAAUAAAUUGAUGUUAAGUGUUUGAUUCAGAGAUGUCUGCUCUUUUAAUUAUAUAUAAAGAAAAAAAUAGCCUGCCGUGGGACAGGUGUGUAAUGUUAGUAUGCAUGACUAAUGUAAGAAAUUGUUAUUCUACUAAUAUUUACUUGUGAUUGUGUGACAAGCGUGUUUACAGAUGAUUUGGUUACACUUCAAUUUACAGGGCAUAAACAAUUAUUAUCUAUUACUCUGAACUUUAUUGAUUACACGUCCUUCAGAUUACAUGGGAUUGUAGUUGGGAGUUACCAUGUAACUCAAAACGUAAUUAACAUGUAAUUAGUUUACAGAUUUUAGGGUCUCACUUCAAUUUACCAAGCAUGUAGUUCUAGCGCACUAGCAUGGCCCCAGCCAUGUACUUACAAUGUAGUUACAGAGUAAUUACAUGGUUAUUUUUGCAAUGUAAAAUAAAGUGUUUCUGAUUAUUUUCUAUGUAAAGGAACCCUCUCCCUUCCCCUUCUGGUCCCCACGCUUUGGUAUAAUAUAUAUACUUCUCCAUACACAGACCUCUGCAGAAUGCAAAAUAAAACUUGCAGUGAACGAAUUUAGCAUUUUAUGAGAGUGCUGUUGGAAAGACUUGAUAAUUCACCCCUUUUGUUUUGAAGAGUUGAAUCUUCUGUUAAAAGGUGAUUUAAGACUUGAAUGUGAUGAAUUGUGGCAAGUUAACUUCAAGUUAUGUGCAAUACUUAUUUCAAACUUUUGAAAGAUCUUUGCAGUGUAAUUCUUUGUUUUUAAUUGCAGACAUUUAAAAAUGUCAUUUUCUACUGUUAAGAGUAAUCCUCUUUCUUGCUGGUGUUUCUAAAGAAAAGAAUCAGAAAUCAAUCUUUCUACUAAUGUAAAUUUGAGAUUAUUUUUAAAAAUGGAAUAAAAGAGGUUUUGGUCAUUUGCUUUAUUUUAUUAUCUUAUUUUAAAGCUACUGUGAUUGAUAGCAUUGUAAGAAUUGGGACAAUAUUGUAUUCAACUGUUUUAUUUUUUAUAUUUUUAAAAUUUAAAGUAUAAUUAGUUUUUAUAAUUUUCAUCAGAUUUUUGUUAUAUUUUUUGGAAGUGAAACUUUUAGCAAGUGGGUGUCUAGUUUUUACUAAUCCCUAAUGUUUUUUUUUCCCAGUGUAUUGCUCAUAUUAUCAGAAGGAAAAGUUAUUUAAGUAUGUCAGUUAAUUGUACUACUUGGCUGAAUUUCCAUAUAGUUUUUACUGUGUAUGGGGAGGUUGUAGUAUUUAUUAUAGCAUUUUAAAUAAGGGUAAUUCAUUUUUUAUUAAAGUCAUUUUCACGUUAAGUUCCUAUUUUUGUAUGUUCUACUCUUAAGUUAUAUAACACAGUUCCUUUUUUAAAAGAGUUCAUUUGUUGAAGUGCUAGUGGAAAAUUAAUGUUAUUAAAUAGUUUGCAAAUGACUAUUUAUACCAGUAUGCAUAUAAUUUUUAAAUAUUUGUAAUGUGAGAUGUUGAAUGAAUAAAACUUUUAACUCAG